AGAGGUUGUACUCGCUUCCGGAAGCUGUCAGCUGUGAACACCGCAUCAACUGAAAUGAGUUUUGAGUGGCCCUGGCAAUAUAAUUUCCCACCGUUUUUUACGCUACAGCCCAAUGCUGAUACAAGACAGAAACAGCUGGCGGCAUGGUGUUCACUGGCUCUGUCUUACUGCCGGCAUCGCAAGCUCUACACCCUGGACGUCAUGGAGGCUCAGGAAAGCCCUGUGUUCAACAACAAGAAGAUAGAAAGAAAACUGUCAAUGGAAGCAAUUCAAGUUGUGUUUGAGGAACUGAGGAAAAAAGGCAACCUCGAAUGGUUGGACAAAAACAAGUCUCGGUGUUUAGUCAUGUGGAGACGACCGGAGGAAUGGGGCAAGUUAAUAUACCAGUGGGUUUCCAAAAACGGUAUGAUCAACUCGGUGUUUACACUUUACGAGUUGUCCAAUGGCGAAGACACAGAAGGUGAAGAGUUCCACGGUUUAGAAGAAUGGAUGCUGCUGCGCUCGUUGCAGGCUCUACAAACAGAAGGCAAAGCAGAGAUCAUCACCAUGGAGGAUGGAAAGGGGGUCAAAUUCUUCUGAAACGGUGCUGGAAUAACACACACACACUCUGUCUGGGAGUCCUCAUGUUGUACCUUUUACUGGCACAUUUUAAGAUUUAGCCAUGUAAGGCUACACAUGGUGCACCUCAAAGACCCAGCCCAGAGGUUGCUGGUCCUGCAACUGUUGUUGCCUUUUGGUUUGCCCAAGUUAAAAGCCUUUUCUUAUCGAAAGAGAACAAAUAUCAUUUCAGACACUGUGUUUAAAGUUGUCAUUCUUUCUGAGGUAACACUUAAACAUGCAAUGAGUCUUAACAGGGUAAACCCUAUCAUGUCUGAAUACUCUUGGGGAAAAUCUUUUCCCACCAGCUGUAACAUUACUCUUUCUUUAUUGUAAAUACGACUACUUUUAUCCCAGUUUGCCCUGUUAACACAGUUCCUCGGUAUAAUUAGCUGUGGACCUUUUGCUCGGCUGUUGUUCCUCUGUUCCAACCAGACAUCCCAAAGAAAUCCCACAACACCAGGGGGAAUUUUUAUUUUGAGAAUACAUGCUUCCAGAAGAGGAACAUCUCAGACAAGCCAAUCCUGGCUUGACUCGGCUGAGUGUAAUAAUAGUGGACUUCAUAGAUUGCUGUCAUCCUAUUAUUGUGCAGUAGCUACUGUGACACUCCUGUUAUCCUCUCUCUCUACCUAUAUUCAACCUCCUUUUUUCAUACCCUGUAGGAAAAUAAACUAGAAAUUUGCUACA